CUCUCUGUCUGUCUUUCUAGUGUAUUUUACUAAAAAAAAAACAGACGUCUCUCUUCCCCCUCUACCUUCCUUCUCUGUCUCUCUCACUUCACCUCCUUCUUUUUCUCUCUUCUACCAGCUGAUCGGUCCGAUCGUCGUCUACGUAGAUCUCGUCCGUCGCCGUGGAACGAGCCUCUCUCUCUUCAUCGCUCAGCUCACUGUGGAGAGUCUUUCGGUUCGGGAUUCGCCAUUGUUGGUAAAGUUGAUUCUUUGGCUUUCCUUUUUAAGGAUAUCUGGUGAGUGACUGCUAAUGGCGCCAAAUCCUAGAGUUACAAAGGCCUUUCGUGCUAUGAAAGCUAUUGGAAUUGCUGAAGAGAAAGUGAAGCCGGUGUUAAAAAAGCUUCUAAAAUUGUACGAAAAAAAUUGGGAGCUCAUUGAAGAGGAGAACUAUAGAGUUCUAGCAGAUGCAAUAUUCGAUGAGGAUGAUACUAAGGAAUGCGAGAAGAACCCAAAUGGUGGCAAUGAUGUUGAGAAUUUCGAUGAAGAAUCUGAGAUGCAUGAUGAGCCCCGGCCUUUAAAAAGGUCACGCUUAAGAGGCCGUGAAGGGCAGACUUCCUCCUCUCCCCCUAAAGUGGUACAAGAUGCCACUUCUCCUGCUGCUUUGGUGGUAGACCGUAGAGUAGAUUUGUCUUCUCCUCGUGCUAGUAUGCCUAGAUUGUUCUCUCCAUCUAAUUGGCUUGAACCUGAUAUGCGUCAACCUCUUGGAGUUAAAGGAAAGGAGCCGCUCUCAUCUCAAGUUGGUCCUACGGACAGGAGAGCAUCUAAUGCAUCAGUUUAUUUAUCUAAAAAGAGGAAAGAGCGUAUGGCUGAACCUGGAAUUCUUCUUUUGCCCAAACAGAAGGUUCUGAGUAUCCAUGCUCUACUUAAGCCCAAAGAUGAGCCAUUUACAGAUGUUAUGCCACAGUAUGAAGUUCCAAUUGCGGUGAUUCAUCCAGAUUCGUCAGGUAAAGAAGAUUCAUCAGGUCAGGUUGUUUCAAAGCAGGGACCUCCAGCAUCUGAGUCAGUAGCAAGAGAAAAUGGAAGCAAUGAUGGUCCAGCUCCAUCAACUGAGACCAUGACUCCCUGUGAGCCUGCAACAGUGUUGAAGGAAUCACCAUCUAAGUUGGAGAUUGCCUCUUCAUCAAUGGGAAAGGUGAAGGUUUCUCUGAGCUGUGACUCUGUUCUUGGAAGGCCUGAUUUUCAUAUGCCUAGUAUAGAUGAACUUCUACAAUCGUUGGAGGAGAAAUGUCUUCGGUCGUAUAAAAUCAUUGACCCGAAUUUUUCUGUCAAGAAUUUGAUGAAAGAUGUGUGUGAGACCUUCCUGGAAUUGGCUACUGACAGAUCUAAUGAAUCACAGCCACAGGAGAGGAUAAUGAAUAUAAGGCCUGCAAUUGAUAUUUUGAAGAAAUCUGCUGCACGAGAUGCACUGGAUAUUGGGUCCAAGGAAUAUAAUAAUUGCAUCACUGUGGCCAAUACUUCAAAUGGAAUGACUGAUGAACGGUGUUUUGCAGAGGCUGCCAAUUGUUGUGCUGCUAGAGGGGAGGUAAAGGAAUUGAGAGAGUCAGAGGUGGCGGAUGCUUUUAGUUUGGUGGUUGUUCAGCAAAAUCAAUUAACUCCUGAUGAAUUGAGAUUGCUGCAUGACGUUAAUGAUAUAUCCAAGGGAGAAGAAAGAGUUGAAAUCCCUUGGAUAAAUGAAAUCAGCAAUAACUGUCCCCCAUCCUUUCACUACAUAUCCCAGAACCAAAUUUUUCAAAAUGCCCACGUCAUUAUCUCUCUUUCUAAAAUUGGGGAGAAAGACUGUUGCCCAACUUGUUUCGGUGAUUGUUUGUCAUCGUCGAUUUCUUGUGCUUGUGCGCAUGACACUGGUCUUAAUUUUGCUUACAAUUCAGAUGGCCUUAUCAAGGAGGAGUUCUUAGAAGAGUGCAUCUCUAUUUCCCGUGAUCCUCAACAACAAAACCUCUCCUUUUGUCAAGAUUGCCCGGCCGAAAGACCGAAGAUUGAUGACAUCUUGGAACGGUGCAAAGGUCAUUUGAAAAGACGAUAUAUUAAAGAAUGUUGGAGCAAAUGUGGUUGUCAUAAGCUUUGUGGCAAUCGAGUGGUGCAACGAGGGAUAAGUUGCAAGUUGCAGGUAUUCUUUACACCUGAAGGGAAAGGGUGGGGCCUUAGAACUCUACAGAAACUGCCAAAGGGUGCCUUUAUCUGCGAGUAUGUUGGAGAAAUACUCACCAACAGAGAGUUCUUCGAGCGGUACAUCCAGGGUCGACAUGCAGAAAAGCUCACGCAUCCUGUUCCACUGGAUGCAUAUUGGCAUUUGAUAGAUGAUUUAAAGGAAGAAGAAACACUCUGUUUGGAUGCAUCCUUUUAUGGGAAUGUUGCCAGAUUCAUCAACCACAGAUGUUUGGAUGCAAACUUGAUUGAAAUUCCGGUGGAGAUGGAAACGCCAGAGCAUCACUAUUAUCAUCUUGCUUUAUUCACAACAAGAGAAGUUGAUGCCUUGGAAGAGCUAACCUGGGAUUAUGGUGUUGACUUCGAUGACCAUGGCCUGCCUGGAAAGUCGUUCCGAUGCCAAUGUGGCAGCACGUUCUGUAGGAACAUAAAGCGUUCAAGCAGAUCCAAGUCUUUAUCAAAUGCAAGAUGAUCAUACAUGCAAGGUCGGAUGACUGCUAUUUUGAUUGUAGAAUUUCACCGUGAAGAGGAUUUUACUGACGUUGGACUAAUCUGCUUUGAUCGAAGAGUAUCGGGGUAUCUUGUUUUGCCCAAGGAAAGUAGCUAGGAUUCGCCUCGUCCAGGGAAAGAAAAGAGUAAUGUACUCCGGUCUUUCCCUGCUUUGUUAUUCCGUUACUUAGGCCAAUGUGCAGUUCCUCUUAGCUUAGUAAGCUUUCUUAAUAUUUUUGAAUGAUGCUGGAUGCGUAGCCUUAUGUGGUCCAUAUUCCUGAAGGACUGUAUAUUUCCAGAUGAUGAAUGAUAAAUCAUACCUAGACAAAGAUUCUUGUA